UAGAGAACUCCUGUGUUAAAGAUUGACCGUGAAGAGGCUGGUGACUAGUAUUCCCUGCCUAGUCAAGCCCAAGAUGGCGGCCGCCCAGCAUCCGAAUGAAGGUACGUCGCGGCGAGCUACGAAAGUAUUUCUUCAGAGAGACUAUUCGCAUGGAACCGCUUGUCGCUUCCAGACAAAAUUUCCUCCGGAGCUAGAAAAUAAGAUUGACAGAGGCAUAUUUGAUCAAACCGUUAAUACAAUAAACAGCAUACUCGAUGAUGCAGAGAAGGUUGGAGUACAGAGCUAUAUUGAGGGAUGCCUCGGCUGCCUGACGGCGUACCUGAUCUACAGCUGUAUUCAGACACAAUAUGCCAGGAACCUAAAGAGGCUUACAGAAUAUAUUACAGAACAGAACCAGACAGUGUUUGUGCCACGCGGACUGAUGAUCACACAUCCAAUGGAGCGGGGGCUAAGAGUGAUUGAGAUAACAUUACUGAAUUCUGACAGAAGGUAGCAGUUUGUAAGAUGAUAGUCAAGGAAAGCAAGCUAAGCUCACCUAUCAAAAGAACAAAUACACAAGUUCUCAAUGUACAGAGCAGUUCUGUUUGAAAUUUGCCUUUUUAAGUUGCAUUGUCACCAGUUUACUUCCGGUCGAUUAUGUAACAAUCUCCUAUAAUUUUUAAC